GGGCAGCACGCUUAACAGAAUUAAGCGAGCUGCCCAACAGUUAUAUUUGUUCUAGCAGGAGUUACCGACCAGAAGAAAGAAGAAAGAUUCAUUUUUUUUCUAGAUUAAUUUCCUCCUUGGAUAACCAAACUGGAAGAUUCUCAGCAUUACAUCUCUUCUUUGAGACCCAGGCUUUUAUAUUUGUCUAUCUUGUAAUUUCAUCUCUCAUUUUGCGGACAGAAUUUGCUUUCUUAAUUUUUGAUCAGUGCAGCCUGCAUUUCUAAGUUUUUGGGGCUUUCUAGGGUUUUGUUCAAUUGGUUUUUUUUUUGUAUCAAUUUGCCUUGAUUUUCUUGAAGAAUAUUAUAUUUCCCAUUCGUUUCUUUUUAUCGGAAGUUUUCGUUGGGUUUUGUUGGGGGUUUUGGCGAUGUCUUGUCAUUCUGCAGAUCCUCCUGGCUAUUGCUCAUCUUUCUCGCCCGAUUUGAAGCUCUACCAGGCUUUCAUCUUCUCUGUGCCAGUUUUAUUCACGUUUAUCAUUCUGUUCUUGUUCUACGUGUUCUACAUAAGGAGGAGAUCAAGUUGGCAGUCUCUUAGGAUGAGAACAACAAGCUUGAACAGGGAAGAGCGCCCAAGACCGUCGGAGAUUGGCGUAACGAAAGAACUGAGGGGGAUGCUUCCAGUGGUUGUUUUCAAGGAGAGUUUCUCGAUCAGAGAAACGCAAUGUUCUGUGUGCUUGGGGGAUUACCAAGCAGAUGAACGGCUUCAAAGGUUACCUUACUGUGGGCACACCUUCCAUGUGGAUUGUAUCGACCAUUGGUUUGCCAAAAACACCACCUGCCCUCUCUGCAGAGUCUCACUAAUUCCAGCGGGAAAAGUUGCUCCUGAUUCUGUAAAUCAUGGAGAUCAGGAAUGGCAAUUUUUUGCUGUUCUUGAAAACCUAGAACUGGAUAAUCAGAGAAACUAUGAUCUUGAAUUCAGUGCUCCUGAUAUACCAAGAGAAUUGGAAGAUACUGAUGGGAGAUCAGUUGUGAUUAAUAUUGAAGUUCAUGAGGAAAAUCCUAGAACAUAGAGAUUUGGUGUCUUAUUGGACCGAAUUCUUUGAUGUUAUAUGAAUUAUUACCCUUCUAAGAAUUGCCUUCAGCGCUUAGAAUUAGUGCUUGUGUACAGAAUUCCUGUGUGUUUGUGAAGCCAAUUUAGUAUGACUUUCGA